UAGGGCUCUCAUCCCUUCAAAUCUGAUUGCAUAAAAAUACUCACGUUUGCUUCAGUUUCUGUAGAUCUCCAUUACUAGGACUUUCCUUGCAGCUCCUAGGUCUUUCUUCUCAAAUUCUUCGCUCAUUUGGGCUUUGAUUUCAUUUAGUUCAGUCAAGUCACUUUCUGCCAAUAGCAUAUCAUCUACAUAUAGUAGAAGAUAUACUUCCUCUUUCUCUGCACAUUCUUUUAUGUAGACACAUGAGUAAUAGUUGCUUCUUCUGAACUUUAGCUUAGAGAUGAACUUAUCAAACUGCUUAUAUACCACCAUCUAGGAAACUGCUUAAGUCCAUAUAAGGACUUUUUCAACAAGCAGACUAGAUUUUCUGACCGUUUCUUCUAAUAACCUUCAGGUUGAGCCAUGUAUAUUGUUUCUUCUAGCUUUCCAUGUAAGAAAGUAGUGGUCACAUCUAGUUGUUUUAGCUCUAAGUUUCUGCAAGCUACAAUAGCUAGGAGCAUUCUAAUAAAAGUAUGCUUCACCAUAGGAGGGAAAAUAUUGUUGUAGUCUAAACCUUCCCUUUGAGUGUACCCUCUAGCAACCAACUAGUCUUGUAUUUAACCUCACCUUCAUCAACCUUUCUCAGCUUAUUCUUGAAGAUCCAUUUGCAAGAUACUACUUUCUGUUUAGGAAGAAGAGUAGCCAAGCUCCAUGUCUCAUUCUUGUAUAAGGAAUUCAUUACUUUUACUCACUGUUUACUCUCUUUGUUGUUGAUUAUUUCUUCUUAGCUUUUAGGUUCAUCAUCAUUUAAAUCAUCGCAAAGGUUAGGAAAAGAAACAUGAUCUACUUUGUUAUACCUUUGGGAUGGGCUUCUUUCUCUUAUGCUUUUGUCUCUUGUUAAGGCAUAAUCGGAAAUUCUUUCAUAUCUUCAUGAGCUUUUGCUGCCUUCUGUGCUGUCAAAAUUGCUUUGAUCUUCUUUGCUCAUAAGUGUUGCUUCAUGUUGACCCACAAUUUGAUGUUGGCGGACCUCAAAUGGUCAUUCCACCCCCUCCACCACAUCGUCAUCUUGAUUCAGACAUUGGUGGCCCACAAAUGGUCAUUCCAUCACCUCCACCACACCAUCAUCUUGAUUCGGAUGUAGGCGGCCCUCAAAUGGUUAUCCCUCCUCCUCCACCGCACAAGCUUCCACAAUCCGAUGUUGGUGGCCCUCAAUUGGUCAUUCCACCCCCUCCACCACACCAUCAUCUUAAUUCGGACAUUGGUGGCCCUCAAAUGGUCAUCUCACCACCUCCUCCGCACAAACAUCCACAAUCCGAUGUUGGCGGGCCUCAAAUGGUCAUUCCACCCCCUCCUCCACACCAUCAUCUUGACUGUGACGUUGGUGGCUCUCAAAUGGUCAUCACACCACCUCCGUCGCACAAAUAUCCACAAUCUGAUGUUGGCGGGCCUCAAAUGGUCAUCUCACCCCCUCCUCCACACCAUCAUCCUGAUUCUGACGUUGGUGGCCCUCAAAUGGUCAUUUCACCCCCUCCACCACACCAUCAUCUUGAUUCCGAUGUUGACGGCCCUCAAAUGGUUAUUCCCACUCCUCCACCACAUCACAUUCGCCUUUAAAAUCGAACAUCGUCGACGACACCCAAAUGGUCAUCCCACCGCCUCCCCCUCCACAUGUUCCAUCCACAAAGUAAUGUUUAGUGAUAUCAUAACGAUAAUCCCCUAUCUCCUCUAUAAAGCAACUUUUAUUGCAUGCAAUUCGAUCACAACUUUAGAUGUGUGAUUCAUUUCUUGUCCCUUCCCUUGAAGUAUUGAGCAUAAUAAGCUAACAAUAAUAAUAAUACUUACUAUUAUAAUUACUAUA